AUGGCUGUAUCUCUAGAGUUAAUAGAUGCAUUUGUAAAGCCAAUCAUUGAUGAUGCAACUUGGGAUGAUCCAGCUCUACGCGAUAAAUCUGUUUUUAUGGAUUUAAUGUGUGAAAGAAAUAAUGAAGAUUUAUGUGGUUAUCCUAGAUGCUCAAAUAAGAUCCCACAUCAAAAGAAAAUCGUUACAGAACCAAUAUUCUGCUCAAAAGCAUGCUUUAAGAAGUUCCAACAAGUAUUUUCCAAAAAUAAAGCUGAAAAAAGGAACCCAAUUGGCAAAAUCGUCGAAAAAUUUACAGAUCAGCGUCCACCUAAGAAACUUACAUGCUUCCAUUCAGACAGAGUUGAAGGAGCACAAGUUAGAACUGGAGAUUUCUCAGAAAUACUCAAUGAAAUUGAGAUGUGGGUAGGUGAUAUACCAGGAUCGCCACUCCAAGAACUAAACUACAAACAGAAGGUUGUCAAAGACAUCGUUCAAGCUGGUUUGAAGCAAAUUAAUAUUACAUUGAAAGAUGUACCAGAAAUCAACUUUUAUUUCGUUAACUUAGAUGUACGUAACCUAGAUAAGCUCUCUAAGGCUCCAGAAAUCUUCCAAAAAGCUUUUUCUUUCGCAAUGUGGGAAUUAAUCUCAGGAACUGACAUGACAAAUGAAAUUAACCAUAUCAGAUUUGACAUGGCAAUAUAUGAUGAAUUGGUUCAAAUUUUGGGUGAAAUGGAACCAGAAGAUGGAAAUAUUUACCAAUUUAUGUGA